GUCUAUGUGCAGAAGAUGAAGGAAAACCUUGUUCAACAGCAUAUACCAUUUAAGAUCAUGAUAGAAGAUGUGCAGAAGCUAAUAGAUCGCUCAAGUGUGAGCCUGCAAACCACUGGGCCAAUAUCUCUGGAAAAGUAUGAUUAUACUAUCUAUCACCCAAUGAAUGAGAUUUAUGAGUGGAUGGACCUGAUUAAAGAUAAAUAUAACGAUGUGGUAACACAACACCUUCUGGGACACACAUAUGAAGAGAAACCAAUCUACUACUUCAAAAUGGGACGGCCUUCAAAAGAAUCUAAGAAAGUUGUGUUUCUGGAUUGUGGAAUUCAUGCUCGAGAAUGGAUUGCUGUAGCUUACUGCCAGUGGUUUAUGAAAGAGAUUCUAGCAAGACAACAGAGUGAUCGUUUAAUCAAAAAGCUCCUCAGACAAGUUGAUUUUUAUGUUAUACCUGUCUUAAAUAUUGAUGGAUAUGUUUACACAUGGACAGUGGAACGCCUGUGGAGAAAGAAUCGUUCACCUCAAAACAACGGAACCUGUUUUGGAGUGGACCUUAACCGCAAUUUUGAUGCGCAUUGGUGUACUGUUGGAGCAGAUGCUGACUGUGAAAGUUAUGUAUUCUGUGGCCCAAGUGCUGCAUCAGAACUUGAAACCAAAGGCGUGGUCAAACUAUUUGAGCAGGUGAAGUCCAAUAUGCUUAUGUACCUUUCAGUUCACAACUAUGGAAAAUAUAUUCUUCUUCCUUACGGAUAUACAACAAACCAAUCUGCAUAUCAUAAUGAAAUGGAAACCGCUGCCAAUAAAGCUAUUGAAAAAAUGAAAAAAGAACAUAAUAAUGAAUACACAGUAGGAUCUACAUCUUUGAUAUUAUAUUCUACUUCAGGAACUUCAGGAGACUGGGCAGCUGACAACAAUGUAACAUUUUCAUAUACUUAUGAACUAAGAGAUGAUGGUGAAUUUGGAUUUGAAUUACCACCUGAUCAGAUUCAACCUACUUGUGAAGAAACAUUCACUUCUAUGUUAGCCUUGUUUGAAUACUUAGAUGAAAAUUAUCUAGAGCCACUUGACGAUCUUGACGGCAGUGCAGUUGCUAUUGGUUCACUGUGGUUGAAUACACUUGUUUCAAUUUCUGUCUGUGUAUUCUAUGCUCUCACUUGGUAAUUAUACAUGUUUUCUCUUGCUUAUUAUCCUUUUUAUGUUAUUUGACUGGCUAUAUUAAAUACAAAAUAGCAAAUAUACAAUGUUGCUUUAUAAUAAUUCUGACAGUAACA